AUGUCUGCUUCAUCAUACAAUGAAUUUAUUCCUCAUGAAGUUCAACAGAAUAUUUUAUUACCAAGUGUGAAACGAAGAUUUAUUAGUAAUUAUACAUUAAAAACUGGUGAUCAUGCGAUAAAUGUUUUACAAUGGAAUAUUCUUGCUCAAGCUUUAUCGUAUUCUGAAGGUAAUUUUGUUCGUGUUAAAGAUGAAUUUGUCGCAUAUGAAACUCGUAAAUGGCGAAUACUUGAACAAAUACUUAUUCAUCAACCAGAUUUAUGUUCAUUAGAAGAAGUGGAUAUAUAUGAUUGUUUUCUUAAAGAACAGUUAAAUAAAUAUGGAUAUAAUUGUUAUUUUACUCCAAAACCAAAUUCAAAAUGUCUUUCAUUCGAAGACGAUCUAAACAAUUUUAAAGGUCCAGAUGGUAUUCUACUUUGUUAUAAAAAUAAUAUAUUUAGAGAAAUCAAUCGAAGUAAUUCGGAUUUACCGAAUGAUGGUCGAGUUGGACGACAAGUGUUUUCAAUUCUUGAAUUAGAACAUAUACCAUCAUCAUCUCUAUUAGUAUUUAUUGGUACACAUUUUAAGGCUAAAAAACAAUUCGCUUUGUCUCGUACAAAUCAAGCAAAUGCAUUAGUCGAUUUUUUAAAUAAAACAUAUACAACAAAGACAAAUAUUAUUUUAGCUGGAGACUUUAAUGGUGAAACAGAUGAACCAUUUUAUGAGAUAUUAUUAAAAGCUGGUUUUCAUAGUGCAUAUCGAGUUUUAAUGAAUAAUCAUGAACCAUCAUAUACAACAUGGAAAUUUAAAUCACGAGAAGAAAUACGUGAAAAAGAAGAAAAAUUGCCAACCAAAACUGAUAUUGGUCCGGAUGGUCUUCCAUCAGCUAAUUAUCCUUCUGAUCAUGUAGCUCUUCAAUCGAUAUUUCUCAUUCGAACAUAA